AACCAAAUCAAAUCAAAGAUGGAUGAAACUCCGGACCACUGUACAGAUAUCUUCAGCAAUAUCAGCAAAGAAACCACCCCUCAAGAGAGAAGACUCUUUUUUACAACGCUUUUCUACGAGACAAAUACCAGAAACUCAGGAAACUGUUGAGGAUACUGGCAGUGAAGGAGGUACUACAGGUGAUAAUCAUGCGGCACCACGCAGAAGAAGAAGAUACCGGAAACAACCGAAAUCCGUCGUUAACCCCGAUUCGAACUUUUAUUUCUAUUGGUUACUAGUUUUAACUGUGUGUGUUUUGUACAAUUUAUGGACGUUGAUAGUGCGAGAAAGUUUUCCUGAACUUCAGGCUAUGAUUUCAACUUUUUGGCUAACCUGUGAUUCCAUGAGUGAUUUGGUAUUUCUUCUUGACUUGGCUGUACAGCUUCGGACCGGCUAUUUGGAGCAGGGACUGAUGGUGUACGAUUCGAAAAAAUUGGCCUGUCACUAUUUACGCUCUCGUGCCUUUCUGCUGGACUUGGCGGCCCUUUGUCCACUUGAUCUCCUACAGUUUAGAUUAGGAUGGCAUCCGAUGCUCAGGUGUCCAAGAUUUUUAAAGGUAUAUCGUGCUGUUAAUUAUUAUUAUAUGGUAGAAUCCCGAACCGUUUGGCCGAAUUUAUGGAGGGUGAUAAAUCUAAUCCACAUUCUUUUGAUACUUGCUCAUUGGUUUGGAUGCUUCUAUUUUUUACUAUCGGAAGCGGAAGGUUUUCGGGGCGAUUGGGUUUAUCCUUAUCGACCAGGAGACUACGCUACACUGACACGAAAAUAUUUAGGAUCAUUAUACUGGUCAACGCUCACUUUGACGACCAUUGGUGAUCUGCCAACUCCCGAAACUAAUGCCGAGAAAACAAAUUCGGUGGACGGCCCUCGGUCGCUGCCGCGCAGAGGGGUCAAGUCGCGCCUUCUCCAGUUCAACACUAAUCACGGGUACGUUUCUGACAAAAUCCUCUCCACCCCCCUCAGUCGUCACUCUGGCAGCGGCAGGAUCGAGGGUCAAGUUGGUAAUGUGAUAACUAAUCGAAAUGCCAAUAGAUUGGAGUUCGAACGUCUUCUAGAUGGAGCUAAGACGUAUAUGAGACAUCACAAGGUACCAGGAGGUAUGAAGAGGAGAGUACUAAGAUGGUAUGACUACUCUUGGUCCAGGGGAAGAAUUCAGGGUGGAGGGGAUAUAAAUACUGCUCUUGGUUUACUACCAGAUAAACUAAAAACAGAGCUUGCCUUACAUGUCAAUUUGAGUGUUCUGAAAAAAGUAACUAUAUUCCAAGAAUGCCAACCAGAGUUUUUGAGGGAUUUGGUUCUGAAAAUGAAAGCUUACAUCUUCACACCUGGCGAUUCGAUAUGCAGGAAAGGUGAGGUAGCAAGAGAGAUGUUCAUUAUUGCUGAUGGUAUCCUGGAAGUUCUCAGUGAGCAUGGGAAAGUUUUGACUACAAUGAAAGCUGGUGAUUUUUUUGGAGAAAUUGGCAUUCUGAAUCUGGAUGGUCUGAACAAGCGGACAGCAGACGUACGUUCUGUUGGAUACUCGGAAUUAUUUUCUUUGUCUCGGGAAGACGUUUUGAAUGCCAUGAAGGACUAUCCAGAAGCUCAAGAAAUCCUUCAAGCCUUGGGUCGGAAAAGGCUGAUGGAAGUUAAAGCCUCCGCUCGACAUCCGCCACAUAAAGAGCAUCACCAUCAUCAUCACCACACCGUUGAUGGAAAGGGUUUGGUUGAUAAAAUCAAAAGUGAAGCAAAGGGUUUGAGAAAUGUGUUGAAGAAAUCGAGGACACACCGCAGGUCUCAAGAAUCUUUGGAACUCAAACCUCUACAUACAUCAAGCAAUAACAAUAAUAAAGCUACAUUGAAAAGAAUGUCCAGAGUGAAAUCCCAUGAUCUGAGCCAAGAUGAAGCUGAUAAAAAAGAGACUUGCCCCUCAGAACCUUUCAUGUCCCCCAUCGGAGCCGGUCUUCCAUUGUUACAAAGAUUGAAGUUGCUCAAAGAAAAACAAGAUAAUGAAGAGAGACUCAAGGACACAUCUCCUCCAAUUUUAUCACCGACGUCUUCCACAAUUCGAUCGCCUCCGCCAAUUACCGAGGAGUCCACAGAAGAAAUGAUCGGUGCAGGUUUACCUCUUCUUCAGCGUAUCCUCAUGCUGAAGGCGAAAGAGGAGAAAGCUGCAAAAGCAGCGAGAACGGGGGUAGGAGGGACAAAGAGUGUGACAGGGCAGUUGUUUAGUGGGAUCAGCCUGAGCAAAGGGCAACCACAAACUCCAACGCCUCAAAUGAACACAUUAGCUCCAAGAUUAUCAUCAUCAGGGCCUUCAAAGAGUCCUCUUUUACUAGUAGCUAAAUCAGCUGCCCCAGCAAAAUUGUUGAAUAAUAAAAUAUCUUUCAGGUCGAUAGACGACCUGUCACCGGAGUACGGUCCAUUACCCUUCGUCAAGAAGCUGAAAAUCCUAAACGAACGGCAGAAACUUGAAGAACUGGAAUUGGUGAUGAAAACCAGGAGCUUUUCUCUGGAUAUUCCAGAAAACCAGAGUGUUGACAGCGAGACUUUGACCAGAUCCCAUUCGGAGGGAUCUACCAUGCAUCAAGAUAGGAACUUUCUUUCAACGCCUUUGAUAUCGAGUCCAUUGCACUCAUCCAACGAAUCUAAUGAAACUUUGGAGAGGCGGAACUUGAAAUCGAUUCUGAAAAAGUUGUCAGAAGAUACAAAGGAUAAGGAUAUAAAAGAAACGACUGCAACGAUGCCGGAAAAACUCGAUUCUACCGAAUUUAGGAGGUAAGUUAUUGGCGAAACGAC